ACGUAUCGGCGUCUCAUAUGCCUGUGGGUAUUCGAGAACGUCAGGUUACGAAUUUGCAUGGCUUGUAGUAGCAUGAGGGAACUCCGACGCUGAUUUUCCGGUUGUCUUUUAUAAGUGUCUAUACUGUAUUUAUACUAAGAUAAACUACAACACAUAAAUAUUUAAUCUCAUAAUAUAUCAUCAUGGACAUAAGACCAAAUAAUACUAUAUAUAUAAAUAAUUUAAAUGAAAAAAUUAAGAAGGAUGAAUUGAAAAAAUCUUUAUACGCUAUAUUUUCACAAUUUGGUCAGAUUUUAGACAUCGUAGCUCUAAAGACUCUAAAAAUGCGAGGUCAAGCUUUUGUUAUAUUCAAGGAAAUUGCCAGUGCAACAAACGCCCUUAGGUCUAUGCAAGGUUUUCCAUUUUACGACAAACCAAUGCGAAUAAAUUACUCAAAGACAGAUAGUGAUAUAAUUGCAAAAAUGAAAGGUACGUUUAGAGAGAGGCCCAAAAAACCAAAGAGAAUUAUACCAGCUGCCGAUGAAGAGGCAAGAAAAGCUAAAAAGAGAGCCAAAGAGCAAGCAAAACAACAACAGAUGGGUUAUGCAUCCGGUGCGCCUCAACAUAUGGGUCUAUCGAACGCAGCUGUACCCGAGCAACCUCCGAAUCAAAUUCUUUUCCUUACUAAUUUACCAGACGAAACGAGUGAAAUGAUGUUAUCAAUGUUGUUUAAUCAAUUCCCCGGUUUCAAGGAAGUACGUUUAGUUCCAAAUCGACACGACAUUGCUUUUGUAGAAUUUGAAAACGAAGUGCAGUCUGGUGCAGCUAAAGAUGCUCUUCAAGGUUUCAAAAUCACGCAAUCUCAUGCCAUGAAAAUAUCAUUCGCUAAGAAAUAAUUAUUUGCAGUUCAUAAUUUUAUACUUUAUAAAGUGAAAUGAAUUUUUUUUAAAGCAAUAGUGAUCAUGAAAUAUUUAAUUUCGAUAAUGAACUUUUGUUACUAUGAAUUGACAAAAGUAAUUUUAUACGGUAUGUUUCAUGAACCGGAAGGAUAAUAAAAAGUACUUUAGUCGAUAAUUAAAAGAAACUAUUAGCCAACUAUAUAAAUUUGUUACUGAACAAAAUUUUGUAAAAUGUACAAUUCAAUCAUCUGCUGCCAAUGGUAAAACAAAAUCUU